CAUGACAGACACACAUAGUACAUAAUGCAUUAAAAAAAGUUAUUUAUUAAAGAUGCAUAGGAUUCUAAAAAAUGCAAAAUAAACGUACAUAAAUUUUAAUGUUUAAAAUUCGGUAAGCUUAGCAUAAAAAGGAUUCCAAUUAAAAAAACAACAAAAUUAAUUAUUAUUGUAUAAGUGUUUGAAAUUCGAAGAGCUCAACAUAUCAAACUUACAACCAAUUCACACAUAUGCUAGGCCACUUAAGGUUUCGAGUUGCAUGAAGAGGUCAAGAUAGUGUUUCAACGGAUGCCUUGAAAGCCACACUCCUAUUAAUGUGUUAAUAUAAUGGACAAAUCAAACAAAGCGUCUGGAAAUGGUAAUGGAAACAUUGUGUUCAGCCGAGACUCCGAUAUAUCAUCCGUCAGAUCUGAGCUCAGAAGUGAUGCCCUCAAAGAACGAGGGAGUGAGAACGAGGGGAAGCCUCCCCAGGGCGCCUCGUGGAUAGCCUCCCUUCAUCCCCAAGCGCUGUUCAUCAACUUUGAUCGAGAAGAUGAGCAAGUUUACAGGGCGUACUUCCGGCGCCAGCGCCUGGGUGUCCUGCCCGUUCUGGUUGCCCUGGCCACGCUCCACGCCAUUCUGUGCGUCGUCCUUGACCUUCUGCCUUACUAUAGGCCAGAGCUUAUAAACAGGCUUCUUGUGAUUGGAGUGGCUGCUGCAGUAGUUAUCUUCAUCUAUGUGGUUGUCUACUUUAUCAAGCCGAAGAACCAAAUUACAGAGAUCCUGGCUGUUCUCAUGUGGUUGCUCAUCACUUUCCAGAUCUUUUACGACGUCGGCACCACCUACCCGCGCCACAUGCCAUCGGACCGCAUCGGUUGGCUCCUCGUGCACAUCUUCGUCACUCAGAUGACCGUUCCGGUCGAGUCCCGGGUCAGUGCUACUCUGGUGGUCCUUCUAAUUGUCGUGCACUCAGUUCUGGUGGGGGUAAUGUUUUCCCAGGAACAUUCCAGCACAGAAGAGUUGAUUCUGCAGCUGGUGGCGAACAUCCUUCUGUGCCUGGCUACAGGGUGCAUCGGGGCAGCCGGAAGUCUGUUUCAAGACCGUCUCAACCGCAGGACAGUGAUGGAAACAAAGUCUGCGCUGAUUGCCAAGGCCAAGAUAGAAAUGGCGUACAAGGACAAAGAAAGAUUACUCUUGUCAGUGUUGCCAAAGCAUGUAGCAGACGAGAUGCUAAAAGACCUGGGCAGUGUGGAAGAUGGCCAGUUCAGGAAGAUCUACAUGCAGAGAUAUGAAAAUGUCAGCAUACUAUUUGCGGACAUCGUUGGAUUUACCGCCAUAUCAUCUACUGUCACUGCGUCAGAAUUGGUCAAAAUACUCAACAAACUCUUCGCCAGCUUCGAUAUACUCGCGAACAAAUUUCACCAAGUGCGCAUCAAAAUCCUAGGAGACUGUUACUACUGUGUCUGUGGCGCCCUGGAGCCUCGAAUGGAUCACGCGGUUCUGUCCAUCCACAUGGGCCUCAGUAUGGUCACUGCUAUCAGCACAGUGAGGCAGUCGACUGGCAAAGAUGUCAACAUGAGAGUGGGGGUCCACACAGGGGCAUGCCUCGGGGGAGUGCUAGGUCAGCGCCAAUGGCAGUUUGACAUAUUGGGUAAGGAGGUCACAAUGGCCAACAAGAUGGAGAGUGGUGGCCUACCCGGACGAGUGCACAUCUCUGAGGCGACCAAACAAUGCUUAAACGGAGAAUUUGAGUUGGAAGAUGGACAUGGUGGAGAUAGAGAGGAAGAGUUGAAACUGAAGAACAUUACCUCCUACCUGGUGAAAUCAGUGAUCAAACCUUAUCCAGAAGGAACAUUGGAUAAAGUGACACAGUCCUCACCCACAAAAAUGAUUAGCAAUGGGAACAAAAAGAAUCAGGUUACUGAUAAGAAAGAGAGUUCCGUGGAGGAGGAUACCACUGACAGUGGUCAUACAAUAAGCAAAGAAGAAGAAUACAGAAAAGAAUUGAGCUUGAGACUGCAGCAUGAGCUCCUAGCUAAAGAGAAAGACAGUGUUUUAUCUGGGACACUUCAACCUUUGACCCUCACUUUCAAGGAAAAGCAACUGGAGACAAGGUAUCACCAAAGAUCAGAUAGCUAUAAUGGUCUCCCUUUGAUGGCCCUUUCAGUGGCCCUAGUUGUCAUACUAGGGGCUAAACUUUGCAUACUUCCCAGAUCAGGACUUCUUAUUGCAAUCUACCUCUCAGGGGACAUUAUUCUUUUUGCCAUGUCUGCUGUUUCUUUAUCUUUAACAUUUAGACAUUAUUUCCCACGUAGCAUCAUCCAGUUUGCACUAACAAUUGACAGACAUGGUACAUUCAAAAUGUUGUGGGGCAUCAGUGCCUGUGUCAUUUUCUUCAUUUGUGACACUUUACCCUCAAUUGAUUGCCACCAGGUGGCACUGAAUAUUACAAUGGUGACCCAAUGUGACAUGGAGGCGUUGACCUGCCAUCAUAUUGUCUACUUCACUCAUGCUGCCAGCCUUGUUCUCAUUGCCAUCUCCUCUAUGGUCAAUCUUGGUCAUAUGACCAAAGCUCUGCUCAUAUAUAUUGCCACUGGGAUCCACUGUGCUUUAGUUCUUCUGUAUGUUGAUGUCUCCUAUGAGCUGUACAAUGAAAAGAUUUAUCAAGAGUGUUCUCAAAGUAUACUUGUGUACCCUCACAUCAAGUAUCGUCUCCUUGGGCAGAUGAUAGCUGCAGCUAUUGAUCUAAACUUUUUUAACUUCCAGAUGGAGUUUACUUCCAGGAAGUUGUUCUUAUGGAAAGAGGAGUCCAAGCGUGAAAAAGAAAAAGCCGCAGACAUGCAACGUAAGAAUGAGGCUCUUGUCUACAAUCUGCUACCAGCCCAUGUGGCAAAGGAUUUUCUUGGAAAAAAGAAAAAUGAUUUGGACUUGUAUAGUUUCUCUUAUGAUGAGGUUGGUGUGAUAUUUGCUGCCUGUCCAAACUUUCACUCUUUUUACAAUGAGAGCUCCAUCAACAAUAAUGGCCUAGAAUGCCUUCGCUUCUUGAAUGAAAUCAUCUCUGACUAUGAUGAGCUUCUCAAUUUAGCCAGAUUUUCUUCCAUUGUGAAAAUUAAAACUGUUGGCCCAACCUAUAUGGCAGCUAGUGGAAUGGUUUCUCAGGAUGACAGAAAACAUGUAACUAGUGUUAAAGAGAGAUGGUAUCACCUGCAUAACCUGGUCCAGUUUGCUUAUGCCUUGCAAGAUGUGUUGAAAAAAAUCAAUGAACAGUCUUUCAAUAAUUUUAUUUUGAGGAUAGGUAUCAAUCAUGGUCCAAUUAUAGCAGGUGUCAUUGGGGCAAGAAAGCCUCAUUAUGACAUUUGGGGCAAUACAGUCAAUGUUGCCAGCAGAAUGGAAUCGACUGGACAGCCAGGUAAAAUACAGGUUGCGGAAGAGACAAAACUUCUUCUCGAGAACUUUGGUUAUAAGUUUGAGACUCGGGGCCUUGUUAAAGUGAAAGGCAAGGGUGAGCUUAUGACCUACUUUCUUGAACGUCCAGAGGGAACGAAUGAAUGUGACCUAAAUAUUCCUAACAGUGUCCCUGAUGGAUGAUCACAAAAAUGUCUGGUAUCUGUUGAAUAUGUUUAAAGGCAUCAGAAAGUCAGAAGGCAGCACAUUAUGUUCAUGCAUUUGUAAACAAUAGAAGCUUCUACUGAAGAAAGCUUUAAUGCAAGAUUAAUGCCUUUUUUUAAUCAACAUACUAUAUUAUUUUAAUUGUUCCUAAUAAGAAUCUCAUAGUCAAUUUUGUAAGCUGGGAGUUGACCUAGUAGCAUUGAAAGAUGACAAUAAAAUGAAGUGCAGCAUGGUGGCUUAGGACAACAAGCUCAUCACUGCAGUUUUAUUUUUAGUAUCAAUUUAAUUUAUAUGUAUUGUAAUAACUGAAGGGAGGCAAACUCAACGAGACAUAGACAUUUAUUUACACGAGGACAUCACAAACACAAAGGGGCAUCUGCCUUGAGCACAGCAUCUCCAUAUUGGCUCUCUCCUUGGGCGGAAAUCAUUCUCUCUCUCCUGUCAACAUCCGACUUGUCUAGUCACAGAUAGUGCGCACCUUCUUUCUGAUCUAUCUUGGAUGGCGGUGUGCAUGGCAAGGUUAUAACAGUAUGAUGAGGUGUAACGUUUUUUUUUAUGACUGGUUACUUAAUGAGAACAAAUACGCUAAUUAAUGUGCUCCUGUACUACACCUCUUCUGGAUUAGGAAAUUUUAGAGGAGUCAAAGAAGAGAUUCAACAUAAAAAUUUUUUCCUUCUGACUCGGACACAACAGAAUAAAACAACAUAUGUUCUAGAAGCUGAAAAUUGGCACUACUAAAAUUUGCUCUUGUGAAGUGUCACCAGAUAAUGCAUGGCUAUGUCCUUAAUAACUGCAUUCUCCAUUGGCCCUAUAGAAGAAAUAUUCUAUGGAGAGCUGCCUGAUCUGAAACUACUGCACAGUUCAUCGCAGAUAUUGUACUAGUCAAAUACUCCUUCUUCCCUAGUGCUAUUAGAGCAUGGAAUGGGUUGCCUGAGCGAGCCAGGAAAACCAGUGACUUGGCAGAAUUUAAGUCAUUGGUUAAUAUGCAUGACUAAAUGCAUGACGCGUAGGACAUAAUCAUCUUUUUUGAAGUAACGUCUGUAUUAUAUAAGAUAAGAUAGUCAUCUGAACUCUUCACCAUUAUGAUGAAAAUGCAGAAGAAAUGACCUAGUUUUAAUUUAGAAACUUAUUUCGGUUAUCUGCAAAAGUUUUGGGAAGAGGGUGCAGUUUAAAGUUCACUAUGACUGGAAAAUUCUGCUACAUUCAAUUGCAUUGUCAUUUAACUAAAAGUUAAUUACAUCAAAAUAUUUCUCAUUUGGAGAACUUGACCUGCGUAUUUCAUUAAUAUGCUUUAUGAACUGAUGGUGUUGAAAUAAUGCUCACCAUAUUAAGUUCUGGUCUAGAACCUUUCACUUCUUAUUUUUUUCUUUAAUUUAUUUUCAAAUUGUACAGCUGUAUGCAACUAUGAAUAUUUAUUUUAAAUUCAAGAAAUAAUUGAAGCUUAUUAGAACAGAAGAUAAAGUCGUAAGUUAUAUAAAAUUGACUUUAGUACCUGUACUGCAUGCACAGCUCAACAUUUAGUUCGACUAUUAUUUAUAUCUGAUAUUGUUGAUUUGUUAUUUAUUCUAUUUACUGUAUCAUGUGUGGAAAAAACGUUUUUAUUGAAUUACAUACCAGAAAUGUACAAGUGUUCAAUACCUUGUGGUCAGGGUGUUGAGACCUAACAUUUACAAGACAAUGUGAGUUUCACUCCUGCUGCCUUCCACUUAUUGUACCAAUCAGAACAAAGUCUUUGCUAAAUGUAAGAUUAAUCCUUUCCCAUCAUUCCACUAAUUUUGGUAUCAGCAUUUUCCAUGUUUUCAUUUGUACACAUGCUGUAUUGCAAAUUGUUUAGUACCAUGACACGUAGAAUCCACUGAGCCUGCAAUUAGUGCAUGGACUUCUACCAUCUUCUCUGCAAGGUAUGCUUUGAUGGUUAGAAUUAAAUGAUUACUUGCAUACUUUAACUACUUCAAUUUCUUUCAAGUCUGGUAUCAAGUGAGAUCACAUUCAGAGUAAUGACAUGAUUGUGAACACGUAGUAGAAACUUUAUAGAAUCAUGAAAUGUAGAACACUUCUGUCCAGAGCUCCUUAUCUUCUUUCUAUAAUCUUAGGAGCUUUCUUCUCUCUGUACUUCCCCUGCCCACCCUUCCUCAAGUUCUUAUUACAUUGUGUGCACUUGUUUUGCCAGCAAUAAUGAUAUUGGAUGUAUCAUAUGUUUUUAAAGGAAAUGAUCACAUGGUCUUUUUUUUU